GUAUGAUUGUCUACGGUCUCUCAAAGUCUCCAGCUUUGAGGCUGAAUCUCAAACCCAAACCAUAAGUAUCAGUGCUCAUGAGCUCAGUCCCAUUCAAUUCAUGGCGUGCCGAAGGAAGGAUCGCCGGUACCUGGUCGGGUGCCACGUCGGCGCCGUCGCACUCCGAGGAUGCGAUCACGACUGCUGUCCCUACCCUCGGGACAGGUGGGGCAUUAUUGCCAACGAACGCCUCCACUACACACCUCACACAGUCCCACGUCCUCCUCACCGACGCGGAGGGUGCAAAGACUCGUACAGACCCAAAUUCGUGUGUAUCGAGUGCCGCAGGGCGUUCAAGAUGUGCUUCCGAGAGGAACAUAUCUACAGGCCAUCAAGACCGGGCAGCGGCUUCGAGUACGCGCCCAACUUGGAGCGACUCGAAGAUAUGGAAGAGCGGAUGGUUAAAUCCACUGCUUACCGUAGGAGGGCCAGCGGACGAGUGGACGAAUUGGAGCGCCUGAGAGAAGAAAUUCGCUCGAUCAAAGCGUUGCAUUGGGACGUAUUCUGGACGAAGCUUGACACGUUGUCUUGCCCCGCCUGUUGCGUCCCGGGCAUCCCUGUCGGAAGCACAUUCCGACCACCGAGCAAGAAAGACAGUAAGGCUUGGGCGGCCGUGAAGGCGAUUUUGGAGGGCGGCGAAGCGCGGAACGGACAUCACUUCACGUACUGUCCCACUCGGGCAGAGGAAGACGAGGCGGAGCUUAUUGAGGAAGCGCGGCGGGUCGCACGACGACGAGAGACGGAAGAAGCUUGGAGGAAAGAGAGAACUCGGCGCAUCGAAAUCUUGCGCAGCUCGUGUGGAUGAAUGUAGAUUCGUCGAGAGAAGCUGUAGAUAUUCACGGUUUCGCUCGAAAACCAUACCGUACAUGGGCGUCCUCUGUUACACGACUCGUCCCAAACUUACUGAGGACACCUUUCAUCAACGCCUUCGUUGCGACAGCGAAAUCGUCCUGGACCGACUCUUGCAGCGGAUAUAGCAUGGGAUAUAGCAUAUACGAUACGCAGCGUCAACCAAGGACAGAGGCGCUGGCCAGGAGAAAGCCAUGGCAGAGGACAAAACCGCGUAGCAUCGCUGGUGCAAGCCAUCCUAUAAUCAGUCUUUACGACUCGACUCGUACUACUGCCCUAGGGCGGAGACAGGCGCUAUGUCCUCUACACGUUUCUUGAUAGCGGUCGCUU